GAAUAUGGACAGCAGUAAUGGCCACGCACUAGGCCAACCGUUUUCAGUGUGGAUUCGGUGUGUCUCGUGCACGGUCCGUUGUGUUCACAGAGUGCUUCCCGGUUUAACUUGGCGUCUUGGCGGCCGCAGGAUGUCAAAGAAGUUAACCAAAUUCCAGAUCGUGCUUGACCGGGGCACCCUACUGUAUCUACCGGGCCAGGUGCUAUCCGGUCGUGUGCUUCUCGAAACCCAGGGCAAUACGGCUGUCCUUGGGCUCCACUUUCACGUCCUUGGCGAGUGUACCGUGCACGUACCGAAGGCACGCCGUCGGGAUCGUUCGUACGACAAAGAGAACUACAUUGACUUCCGGAUGAAAUUGUUGGACGAUUUCGACAACAAACCGAUCCUGCUUUCGCCCGGUAUCCACUGCUUUCCCUUCAAGCUGGGGCUGCCCGUCUCCCUGCCGUCCACCUUUCUCGGCCGGCACGGCUGGGUACAGUACUACUGCAAGUCCAGCCUCCAGGAAACGUCCGGGAUCACGCACAAGAACCAGCAGGUGUUCAUCGUGCUCAAUCCCAUCGACCUCAACCUCGAGGUGCCGAUCUUGAGUAGUCCGCUCGAGGUGAACGUCGAUCAUCGCGUUGGUGUCGGCGUGAUCGGUGGUACGAUCCGUUGCAACGUGGGCCUCAACAAGCGCGCGUACGUGCCCGGCGAGAGCAUUCUGCUGACCGGCGAGGUAUACAACCGGAGCAACGUGACCGUCAAGCUGCUCAAAUAUGCGCUCAUCGAGACGGUACAGUACUUCGUCCACGGCAAGCUGGUACACCAGGAGCGGCGCGAACUGGAUGCGAUUGUGCGAGACAAGAUCAAGUCCGGUAGCAGGGAUGUGCUGCAGCAUGGACACCUUCCGGUGCCACCACUACCACCGACGAACCUGCUCGGUUGCCAUCUCAUCAAGGUGCAGUACAGUGUUUGCGUGCUGGUGGAACCGAAUCUGAUGGAGCGCCAGGAAGCGAUCCGAAUUCCCAUCACGCUCGGGACCUAUCCGUUCCGGCGGGACGACGAAAACUUGCAGGAGUGGGUAGACAACUAUGUGCAGUACCCGGCCGCCCUGCCCGUCUCCCGUGGUACCCCCUUCGAGGUGCUGCACUAGCCCAUCGGUGCCGGUUCCGGUGCCACGUUUGAAACUUUAAUCAUAUUACCGAACCGGGGAACCGGUGACGUUGCUAUGGUACCGCACACAAACUCUUACACGAUUCUUCCCUUGUUUGCCGAGCGAUUGAAUCACCGUAGGAGCAGCUACUCGUACUCCCGGAAUAUUACAAUUACAGCUUCUCAGGCUCUGCUCUACGUCAAGUGGCCAGCGUCAAGUGUCAGCGUCCAGCGAGCCGUCUCGCUGGGUGUUGUUUUAGGAUGCAGCAGCACACAAGGCACAGGCGAGCUGUGCCAUUGCCAUCAACUCUUUGCGGUACCUCGGCUCUCUCUCUCUCUCGCAGCCUCCACCAGCGGACCAACACAACCCUAGAGCCCCUGUUGCCUGUGCAAAACGGUGUGUCACCUUCACUCUCACAACACCCAGGUCCUAUGACCACCACCACUCGGUCUAUUCAAAUGCGGUGGACGAUUUCUAGCCAA